AAGAUUUACACAUAUAUACUGCUGAAAUAAAGAAAGAUAUAUUCAUUAUUUUUUGAAGGUACUAUCAGUCAAAACUUAUUAGAUCGGUUUUGUACUUGCAACAAAAACACUCCUUUUUUUAAAGGAAAUAAAUUAAACUUCAGUUUUACAAACUUUUUCUUUUUCAGACUGAACUUUUAUAUAGAUAAAGAUUUUAUUUGUUAUCGAAUAUAAAUAAUAUUAAACGGGGGCAGGCACAAUUCUGUAUUUCAAACUACUGAGAAAAUCGAAGCACAAUCUGCCUGAAUUUGUACCUAACAAAUCCAAUAAGAAUUUGCUCUACCCUGUUUAUUCUUCUUCUCAUUAUUUGAAUAACGACUUUUAAACUGCAAGAAUGGGAGUGACAGAUGUGCUGGAGAUCGGGAGCUGUGACUGCAUUCAGAUCCUAGCUACUGACCGGGAUGAGUUCAGCUCCAGCACCGGCUCCCUGGUUCUCGACUGCCGACCCUUCCUCUCCUAUUCCCGCGUCCACGUGAAGGGGUCCCGCAGUGUGAACUGGAACUCGAUGCUGCGGCGCCGGUCAAAGAGUUCGACUGUGAGCCUGGAAUGGCUCGUCCCGGACAGAGCGCUCCUGGCCCGGCUGAGAGGAGGGGAGCUGUCCUCUGUGGUGGUCCUGGACGAGGAGAGCCGAUCAGUCGCCGAUCUCAAAGCCGACAGCCUGGCCUGUAUGCUGCUGAACGCCUUGGCGAGCGAGGUCCAGCCCGAAAAAACACAAAUCUGCUUCUUACAAGGCGGUUUCGAAGGUUUUUUUUCGCUGUUUCCGGAGCUGUGUUUCCAGAGCCCGGGUCUGUGUCUCUCCCCCGCCCUCAGUGACUCCGAGCCCGGUCUCACCGGCAGGAACACACCGCUGUACGAUCAGGACGGUCCCGUGGAGAUCCUGCCCUUCCUCUUCCUCGGCAGCGCGCACCACUCCUCGCGCAGGGAGGCCCUGGAGGCACGCGGCAUCACUGCGGUCCUCAACGUCUCCUCCUCGUGCCCGAACCUGUUCGAGAGCGAGCUGCGCUACAAGAGCAUUCCGGUGGAGGACAGCCAGGCGGCGGACAUCAGCGCCUGGUUCCCCGCGGCCAUCGACUUCAUCGACUCCGUGAAGAACAGCGGCGGCCGUGUUCUGGUUCAUUGCCAAGCCGGUAUCUCCCGCUCAGCCACCAUCUGCCUAGCUUACCUCAUUUGGUCCCGGCGGGUCAGACUGGAAGAAGCCUUUGAUUUCGUCAAGGAGCGCCGCGGCGUUAUCUCUCCCAACCUCGGCUUCAUGGGACAGCUGCUGCAGUUUGAAACCGACGUGCUGUGUCACUGAGCCAGCCCGCGACGUGCGCAAUGGAACGCGAGCACUCACGCAGAGACCACACGCAACCCUGGAGCCCUCGGGAUUAGCAGAGACUCAAAGACCCUGUCAAAGAACAGCACAUCCCUCUGUUACUGUCCGUGCUGAGGAAACACGACUUGCUGAAUAACAAAAGACUUGAACAGAGACGGCGCGGUUGAAAUGACAAGGCGGUGCGUCUCCUUGCACGAACUGAACUUCAACUGGCAGACCUGGACUUUACAAGACUUGGUGUACUAUGAUUUAGUUUAUUUAUAAAACGAAUAAUACUAUUUAUAUUCAAUAUGCAACUGGAAUAUGAGACUAAAAGACAUGUUUGUAAUCGCGGUAUGCAUGAACUUUUUCAAAACUGACAUUUUUAUGUUAAAUUGUGAUGCAAAAAAACAACCCAUGAUAAGCAAUGGUUACAUGGAUGCAACAUUUAACACACAAUACGAAUUCAUCAAAACUUCCUGGAAAAAAAAGCUUACAUUGUUUUAAAUAUGCCUUUAAAUGCAAAUUUUAAAAUGGCCUAUUUU